UGACAUUAAUCAACGUCUUCUAACGUCAAACCAAAGAAAAAACUGUCUCCCGCCAUUAACGCACCAUUUCAUUUCUCUUCUGCACAAACAUUGAAAAUUAAAGCAAUUAAUUAACCUCUUCAAACCCUAAUUUUCCAAAUUCAACUCAAUUACUUCUCACAGUUUUCAUAAUUUUUUCGCAAUUUUUAAAUUUUAGCAAAACUUAAUAGAAUCAAAGAUUAAUAAAUGAAAAUCAAAACGAAGCGGUCAAAGAAAAAAUUAGGGUUACCAGCUGCUUUACUGCUAUGCUGUAUGUUCUUCCUCGCCGGAUUUUACGCUUCUACUUUUCUAUCUCAGGAUGUGCCUGUAAUUAAACCUAGAUUAAGAAUGCUUGAUGUUGUAAAUGAGGAAGAUGAGAGCAAGCAUCAGGAUAUGCCGCACGGCGUUACGGGAGAGGCUUAUGUCGAAUCAAUUCCAUUUCAGGUUUUAAGCUGGAAACCAAGAGCUGUUUAUUUUCCAAACUUUGCAACCCCAGAACAAUGUGAAACUAUAAUUAAAGCGGCAAAAGUGCACCUAAAACCAUCUGCCCUGGCUCUGAGAAAAGGAGAAACUGACGAGAACACUAAGGGGACUAGAACGAGUUCAGGAACUUUUAUUAGUUCAUCGGAAGAAGAAACUGGAACCUUGGCCUUUAUUGAGCAGAAAAUUUCAAGAGCUACAAUGAUCCCUGCAUCCCAUGGAGAGGCAUUCAACAUAUUGCGCUAUGAAAUCGGGCAGAAAUAUGAUUCACAUUAUGAUUCAUUCAAUCCAACAGAAUAUGGUCCACAGAUGAGUCAAAGGGUAGCUUCGUUCUUGUUGUAUUUGUCGGAUGUAGAAAAAGGCGGAGAAACCAUGUUUCCUUUUGAGAAUGGCGCGCAAAUAAGUUCAUUUGAUUAUAGAAAUUGUGUUGGUUUGAAAGUGAAACCUCGGCAAGGUGAUGGGAUUUUGUUUUACUCGCUGCUUCCUAACGGGACAAUCGAUCAGACAUCUCUUCAUGGAAGCUGUCCGGUUAUCGAAGGCCAAAAAUGGGUAGCGACGAAGUGGAUUAGAGAUCAAGUGCAAAUGGAUUAAAGGCUGGAUUAAAUAUUUUUCGAAACCGGAAUCGAAAAGAUUAAAUGUUUGUUGUGUAUAUACUGUACUUGAAGCAAAUACUAUUGUAAAGAGAGAACCCAUUCUUCAUUUUUUGUUAUAGUAACUCCUAUCAAUGCCAUAAAUCACCACGAGAGUUUGACAAGACAGAUCAAAAUUGUGGCUCUAAACUAUGGAACAGCAAAGAGAGCGAAUUUUUCAUUAAUGGUAUGCUUGAUUCAAAAUGAA